AUGGUAGCGUCACUACCAGGAAACGUACUCGGUAAUACGACCGUACGUGAUUCGUUUCAUAUCAUCCUAACGCCUUUCACAUACUGCCUACUUAUAUUUAUCAUAUAUGGAAUUCUUAGCCUGCUUGUGACACUGAAGAUCGUUCAUGGAAUUAUCAAUCCGAAGUUCAAAAGCUUCUUUCAGAAAGCCAGUACCAAUCUCGGGACUGAUCACAGGCUGGUUGACCACCCUCCCAUCGGGCCGAUAUCUUACUGCAAUAUACGUAUUACAAUUUUAUCUGUUAUACAUCACUCUAUAUUCUGCAACAUUCCUGUCGAUCACGAGAGCCAUAAUUAUUUGUUUACCAUUAAAGGGCAACAAGAUAAACAAUCAAAUAGCGACGGCGGCAGAGUGACCAUUCAGAAAGUAUCGGAAUGGAGUAAGGUGAUCAGGAAGUUUCUCCCCAUAUUUUUCUUGACUAUUUACUUCCUGCCGAUACUGACCACGUGGUUCCUCUAUCCAGCAACCACUUAUUUAAGAAUCGGACCACAAAUACCGGCUUUCGGUUAUGGAGCAGGCUUUGACUACAAGAAAGUUUAUCCAAAC